CCCAGUUCCCUUCUCCCCCUCCCGCUGUUGCCUCUACAGCACCCACAUGACACGGAGCCGUGCACCCUGAUAACAGAAGGGAAGAAAGGACCCCCACCGUUGUCAUUGCUAGCAGGCUCCUUCCUUCUUCCCUUCGGCUCUCCUCUCUGGUGUGUCCCUGUGCCAGGCGCCAUGCCCAAUAUCGUGCUGUUCAGCGGCAGCUCUCACCAGGAUCUCUCCCAGAAAGUGGCAGAGCGGCUCGGACUGGAGCUGGGCAAGGUGGUCACCAAGAAAUUCAGCAACCAGGAGACCAGUGUUGAGAUUGGCAAGAGCGUGAGGGGGGAAGAUGUUUACAUCAUACAGAGUGGUUGUGGUGAGAUCAAUGACAACCUAAUGGAACUCCUCAUCAUGAUAAAUGCUUGCAAGAUUGCUUCUUCCUCUCGGGUCACUGCAGUCAUUCUAUGUUUUCCAUAUGCUCGCCAAGACAAAAAAGACAAGAGUCGGGCUCCUAUAUCUGCCAAGCUGGUUGCAAACAUGCUGUCUGUAGCUGGAGCUGAUCACAUUAUCACCAUGGAUCUCCAUGCUUCCCAGAUACAGGGUUUCUUUGACAUUCCUGUAGAUAAUCUGUAUGCUGAACCAGCAGUACUGCAAUGGAUUAGGGAGAACAUCCCUGAAUGGAAGAACUGCAUCAUUGUAUCUCCUGAUGCUGGUGGUGCCAAAAGGGUGACAUCCAUUGCCGAUCGACUGAAUGUUGAGUUUGCCUUAAUCCACAUGGAAAGGAAAAAAGCGAAUGAGGUGGACAGGAUGGUAUUAGUUGGAGAUGUGAAAGAUCGCAUUGCAAUUCUUGUUGAUGACAUGGCUGACACAUGUGGUACUAUAUGCCAUGCUGCUGACAAGUUGCUUUCUGCUGGAGCGACAAAAGUUUAUGCAAUUUUAACACACAGCAUUUUCUCUGGACCUGCCAUUUCUCGGAUCAAUAAUGCGGCGUUUGAGGCUGUUGUGGUUACCAACACAAUACCACAGGAAGAUAAAAUGAAGCACUGCUCAAAGAUCCAGGUAAUCGACAUUUCUAUGAUCUUGGCAGAAGCAAUUAGGAGGACUCAUAAUGGCGAAUCUGUGUCAUAUCUCUUCAGCCAUGUCCCAUUAUAG